UCUCUCUGUAUCAGUCGGAACUAACUGACACGAAGAACACAGGUGCAUCAGAACAAGUGCCUGCUAGUCCGUGCAACAUGACUUACGCAAUGAAUCCGGCUGCACCUCCACCUGUAAUCCAGACCCAGCCAACUGUGGUGAUGCAGUCUCCCAUGUCAUCCGAACCUGGGUCAGCGAUGUGCUCUUCCUGCCAGCAGCAGGUUGUCACGGUUACUCGGCCCAUCAACGGUCUUAUCACCUGGCUGAUUUGCGGGAUCCUUUUCUUUUUCAUCAUCUGGCCGUGCUGCUUGAUUCCUUUCUGCGUGAAGUCCUGCAGGGAUGUCGAGCACACCUGCCCCAACUGCAGGAAGGUCAUCUACGUUCACAAACGAAUAUGAGAAGAACCCGGAGAACAUCAUAAACUGGAAUAAAAGCUGUAGGAGAAUUAAUAAUUGUGCUGAAUAAAAGAAUAAGUAACUAGUUUUGCCAUUAAAACAGCAAUCAGUGACCUCUUUGGCUCUGACCCUAGAGUUAAUUAAAAUCACUUCAUGUUCUCAUU